UUUAGCUGUCAACAUUUCAUCGAUUCGCCGACGCCGCCGCUGUCAAACCACAAACAUCGCGAUCCGUAGCAGCCAGAUACAGAAAAUAUCAAUUUAUUUUGUAGAUUACUUAGUGUUAGCACGUUAUAUCUAAUUGUUGCGCAAAAUGAAGAAACACCAAACACGACAAAAGACGAUGAACGACCCCGUGAUCGUGUCCCGUGUGAAAAAUUACCUCGCGGAAAAUGUGGACAAGACUUUCGUCGAUGUGAGCCAAAUGGCGCGUUCUCUCAAAGAGCGUUAUCGUGAAUACAGUAAUAGAAGCGAUACAGCUUUCUGCCAGAUGGUAGAGAGUGCUUACAAAGUGGUGUUACAGAGUUACGGACUCGACGGAGCGUCGACGUCGGAAGGGUCCGAGGAAGAAUCAGAUUUGGAGUUAUUGGACGAAAAUAACAGCGCAUUGAACGAUCGCUUGCUUGCUAUGUAUAAAAUGCAGGAUAAAAAACGACCUGCAGCCACUCGGCGGGCGACGGACAAGUCGGGAGAACCGAUAGACAUUCUAAGUAGUGACGAAGAUGGAUCCGCGGCGCCGAAAUUACCAAAAAUUAAUGAUCAAAUCACCAUAACCCCUCACAUACCUAUUAGAAACGCGAAUAGCACAGCAAUGGAGCUUCCAAAAUCACAUCAAAAUGCACAUACUGGUGACAGGAAGCGGAAAGUGGAUGUAAAUAAAAGUGCACCAGCUAAGAAGAAGUAUGAUGUUAUUGCGAAGACUGUUAAAGUUAGUUUUGAAGACAUUGGUGGUAUAUCUGAAAUUAUAACACAGAUCUGUGACCUUGUAUUACAUAUGAAACAUCCUGAAGUUUACAGCCAAUUAGGCAUAAAGGCUCCUAGGGGGGCAUUAUUACAUGGGCCUCCUGGAACGGGUAAAACUUUGCUGGCACACGCUAUUGCUGGAAAGUUACAGUUGCCACUGAUGGCCGUGACGGGCACAGAAUUGGUUGGAGGAGUGUCUGGAGAAUCUGAGGAACGCAUCAGGGAGUUAUUUGAGAGGGCAGUGUCAAUAGCUCCAUGUGUGUUGUUUAUUGAUGAAAUUGAUGCAGUGUGCGGAAACAGAAUAAAUGCUCAAAAGGAUAUGGAGAAGAGAAUGGUGGCUCAGUUGCUGGCUAGUUUAGACAAUUUGGGUGAAAACAAUUCCUCAGUUCUCAUACUUGCUGCUACAAAUAAUCCUGAUGCCUUAGACCCAGCUUUGAGACGAGCGGGACGUCUUGAACAAGAAAUUACUUUGGGUAUUCCGUCUUUGAAAGCAAGGAAAGAAAUCCUAUCAAUUUUGUGUAAAAAUAUAUCAAUGAGCGAAGAUAUAGAUUUAAAUGCUAUUGCUCAAAUAACACCAGGUUUUGUUGGAGCAGAUUUACAAGCUCUUGUUAACAAAGCAAGUACAUAUGCAGUAAAGAGGAUCUUUGCUGAAAUACGAGCAGAAAGCUUGAAAAAGGAAUUAGCAGAAAAACAACAAAACAAUGAAGUUUCUGUUAUUCCUAAUGGAGAAAAGGAGAAAGAAGAAGCACCAAAAGAGGUUGGUGAUGCUGUAGUAACUGAAGACAAUGUUGUUGAAGAAGCAAAACCUGAAUCUCAAGCUCCUGAAUUAAACCCUGAAAUUCCUGUUGUGGAGACUAAUCACAUAGAAAACGGUACAAACAAUCCUGAACCCAUUGAUCCUGUCAAUGAAGUUGUCAGCUUGCUAGAGGACUCUAUGCCCUAUACUUCAGCUGAACUUGAAGGUCUGGCUAUAAGACAUGAAGAUUUCUUGAAAGCACUUAAAACAACAAAGCCAUGUGCAGUCAGAGAGGGUAUUGUCACAGUUCCUGAUGUUACAUGGGAUGAUGUUGGUUCCUUAAAUCAAGUGCGGAAAGAUUUGCAGCUUGCAGUUUUAGCACCUGUAAAGUAUCCUGAACAACUAAAGAAACUGGGAUUGGCUGCACCAAGUGGAGUUUUGCUUUGUGGACCUCCUGGCUGCGGUAAAACAUUAUUGGCUAAGGCUGUAGCCAAUGAGGCUGGAGUCAACUUCAUUUCAGUGAAAGGGCCUGAGUUGCUUAACAUGUAUGUGGGUGAAAGUGAAAGGGCCGUGCGAACAUGUUUUAGGCGUGCCCGUAACUCUGCACCUUGUGUUAUAUUCUUUGAUGAGUUUGAUGCAUUAUGUCCAAGACGUACAUCACAAGAUCACAACGGAGCUGCAAGGGUUGUCAAUCAGCUGUUGACAGAAAUGGAUGGUAUAGAAAGCAGAGAAGGAGUAUUUGUACUAGCAGCAACCAACAGGCCAGAUAUUAUCGACCCAGCAGUACUAAGACCUGGCCGUUUAGAUCGUGUCAUGUAUGUGGGCAUGCCUGCCAGAGAUGAUCGGUUUGAUAUACUGCAAAAGUUGACAAAAGAUGGUACACAGCCUCAACUAGGCCCUGAUGUGGAUUUACAAGUAAUAGCAGGUCUUACUGAUGGUUACACAGGAGCAGAUUUGGCUGGCUUGGUUAAGGCAGCAGCAACAAAUGCUUUGACCCUUCAUAUUGAAAAUGGAACUAUGGACGAGGAUAUAUUUGUCACAUUUGAAGACUUCAGAGCAGCUCUUGCAAAAUGCAAGCCUUCUGUGUCCACUAAGGAGCAGUUGCAUUAUGAGAAAUUGAGAAUUAAAUAUGCCUCAGGAUCUGAUGACAAGGACAUGGAGAUGGAGACUGAACCUACUAAUGAGGAGUCAAUGGAUACUGUGUGAGAAUCAUUUGAACAUUGGAUUUUAAUUCAGGAUUGAGUUCAUAAUAUUACAUUUAAUUUUAAGAGUAUAUUACAAACCGAUAGUGCCAAUUUGUUCCUGCAAAACUGAACCUUUAAACCCUUUGUACAAAUGAGGCUUGUAUGAAACCAGUAGUAAUUCGAAUAUAUGUAUUAUGUGUAAACAUGGUUUUGUGAAUUUGCGAGUGACUUUAGACACACUCUUUAUUUACAUUAUUACUGCACAUUUUUAAUUAAAUGAGAAAUAAACUUUAUUUUUAAGA